UUUCCCAAAGCACACAUGAACUAGGGCCCCAACAAAGUCUCCCUCUUUUCCCCACAACCACCGCGCCAAAAUCUCUUCCUGAAAUCCCUAAUUAGGGUUUUCUUCCGUCGCACGAGCUUGUCUCCGUUGCGCUCCCCAUCUCUCGUUCGAGGUUAUAGAUUGGCAGCAUAAGAUUUCACUUGAGCGAUGUGUUUCGGAGAUAUAACAUUGGAGCUGGAGUUGUCUAAGUGGGAAAUCUGAGAUACACUUGUUAUGUCUAUCUUAUGAUAACCCCUCUCACUUUUGCCAUGUUAAUCGAUCUAUGAUAAUAAAUGGCAUACUUUCUCUUUGCCAUGGUGUAAUCUCUCUGCAUCAGUCUAAGGCCUAUAAUAUCAUGUUUUGCUCGCUCUCAGGGUGACUCGUAUCUUUCUCCUUUUUCUUCGGGGGUUGUUUUUGUUCUCAUUGGAUUGUUUGUUUCACCUGUUGAGCAUCAUUCAUCCUCCCCUCUUUUGUCUACUGUUUGUCAUCUUACUACUAUUUUGUGACCCCGCCCCUUGUCCGCCUCAUUCAUUUUGGAACUCCUUGUUGCGGCGUGAUGGCAGAGAUUGAGUCGAACAUCUUAUUCUUCAGUUCCGUUAGCCUCUUAUUCUUUUCUUUUUUGUCCGAUCUUUUCCCAAUUCUUUUCUUUCUGCACAUGCUUCUUGCUUCUGUCUCUCCCCCGCAGUUGCAGUGCAAACUUUCUUCUUUAGAUACGUAAGAUGCCGAGGACAAGGACUGACGAUGCAGAAACUCAUUAUUCAAUGGAAUCUGAGGAGAGGGUAGACCUUGAUGGUGACAAUGAUCAAGAGGAGACUCUUGAGGAGGAGGUUGAGUACGAAGAAGUAGAAGAAGAGGAAGAAGUGGAAGAGAUAGAAGAGGAAGUGGAAGAGGAGGUUGAAGAGGAAGAAGAAGGAAAUGAGGACGGUCAUGCGGCUGAGAUGGAGGAGGAAGAAGAAGAAAAGAAAAAGCAUGCUGAGCUCCUAUCACUUCCUCCGCAUGGUUCGGAGGUUUAUCUCGGAGGCAUUCCUACAGAUGCUUCUGAAGAGGACUUGAAGGGCUUCUGUGAAUCCGUAGGAGAAGUUACUGAGGUUAGGAUAAUGAGGGAAAAAGAGUCUGGUGAUGGAAAGGGUUAUGCGUUUGUAACUUUCAGAAAUAAGGAAUUGGCUACUGAAGCAAUUGAGAGACUAAAUAAUUGUGAAUUUCAGGGUAAAAGGAUAAAAUGUUCAACUACCCAAACGAAGCAUCGCCUAUUUCUUGGUAAUGUUCCUAGAAGUUGGACAGAGACGGAUAUUAAGAGAGCGGCGAGUAGAAUUGGUCCUGGAGUCCAGAAUAUUGAACUUCCAAAGGAUCCACAGAACAUGGGCCGGAAUCGUGGGUUUGCUUUCAUCGAGUAUUAUAACCAUGCAUGUGCAGAAUACGCGAAACAGAAAAUGUCAGACCCAAGAUUUAAGCUCGAUGAUAAUGCCCCAACUGUUAGCUGGGCUGAAUCUAGGAAUGGAGAAUCUACUGCUUCCCAGGUUAAGGCACUGUACAUCAAGAACUUGCCAAGAGAUAUAACCCAAGAGCGAUUAAAGGCAUUGUUUGAACAUCACGGGAGAAUCACAAAGGUGGCAAUUCCACCUGCAAAACCUGGCAAGGAAGACAGCAGAUACGGCUUUGUUCAUUACGCGGAAAGGACAAGUGUCAUGAAAGCUUUGAAAAACACCGAAAGAUACGAGAUCGAUGGGCACGUGUUGGAUUGUUCGCUUGCAAAGCCUCAAGCGGAUCAAAAGGCUCCUGUAGUUCAGAACCUGCAGAAACCACAGUUACAACCAAACUAUCCUCCUCUUCUCGGUUAUGGAAUGGGUGCUGGUGGCUUUGGUGCUCUCGGUGUUGGUCUUGGGGCUGCUGGCUUUUCUCAACCACUGAUGCAUGCUGGAGGUCCUGGUCCUGGAGGAAUGGCAAUGAUGCCGAUCAUGUUACCCGAUGGAAGGAUCGGAUAUGUCCUGCAACAACCGGGACUAGGAGCAAUGCCGCCACCUCGGCCUUCACCGCCACCCCGGGGAGGAAGGUCGUCUGGUUCGGGAGGCAGCUCGAGCAGCGGCAAACGCAACCACAACCAUGAUAACGGUAGAGGACGCAGCCGAUACAACCCUUAUUAGGCCCUCAAUCCGUAAAAAUUGGUAUGAUUUGGAAAAAUUUCCCAAAAGGCUUCACAGAAUUCAUUUCAGCCAGACGUGGUUUUUUUUUUUUUUUUUUUUUUUUUUUUUUUUUUCUUUUGUCUUGUCUUAAAUGGAACAGUUUUUUAGUUUGAAGUGAAGUGAAACUCAGGAAGAUGAGAUUCGGACCCUUUUUUUUAUUUAUUAACAACUUUCUAUGUAUUGUUUUUGAGCAUUUGGUCGUA